CGACACCAACUCCGUGCUAGCUUAGCUCAGACCUCGCCUUCCUCCGAAAUCUACAUCAUUCUUCUCUGCGGACAUCGGCUUCAUCCUAACCCUAACCUACCCCGCCUCGUCUCGUAUAAGCCCUAGCGCGCGAUGCAGCCGACGACGCGGGAAAUGCAAGCCAUGGCCGCCGGCGCCGGCCAGAUCUCCCUCGACGACCUGCGCAACGGCCACGUGGGCGCUGUCAAUGGCGGCGGUGUGCACGACGACUUCCUCGACCAGAUGUUCGGCAGCUUGCCGCCCUCGGCGUGGCACGACCUCGCCACGGGGACGAAGCCCAACGACGGCGCGCAGGGCGAGGGGAUGCAGCAGUUCGGGGGCCCGUUCGACGAGUCGGUGAUGCUGGCGUCGCGGCUCCGGCAGCACCAGAUUAGCGGCGCUGGCGGCGCGGCGGCGACGAAACAGAUGGUGCUGCAGCAGCUCGCCGAUCUGAGGCAGGGCCACCAGCACCACAUGAUGCUCCAGGGCAUGGGCCGCUCGCCGUCAGUCGGCGGAGGAGGGGACGGCGGCAUGCUCCUCCCGCUCACCCUCGGCAACGGCGGAUCGGGCGGCGAUGUGCAGGCCCUCCUGAAAGCGGCUGCCGCCAAUUCCGCCGGAGGGGACGCCGGCGUCUACGGCGGCUUCGCCGGAUCGCUCCAGCAGCAGCAACAUUUCCAGCCACAUCCGCAGGUUCGCAACCAGCAAACGGCGCCCAUGCCGAGCCCGACCUUUGGCGCAGGAGGAGGAGCUGCUCCCGGAGGCGGGGCGCAACCGCAAGCCGGGUCCGGUGGCGGCGCGCCGGCGCCGCCGAGGCAGCGGGUGCGCGCGAGGCGAGGCCAAGCCACCGACCCCCACAGCAUCGCGGAGCGACUCCGCCGGGAGAGGAUCGCAGAGAGGAUGAAGGCCCUGCAGGAACUGGUGCCCAACGCCAACAAGGCGGACAAGGCGUCGAUGCUGGACGAGAUCAUCGACUACGUCAAGUUUCUGCAGCUCCAAGUCAAGGUGUUGAGCAUGAGCCGGCUAGGUGGCGCCGCUGCCGUCGCGCCGCUCGUGGCCGACAUGUCCUCCGAGGGGCGAGGCGGCGGCCCCGCGGCGGGGAGCGAGGGCCUGACGGUGACGGAGCAGCAGGUCGCCAAGCUGAUGGAGGACGACAUGGGCGCCGCCAUGCAGUACCUGCAGGGGAAGGGCCUCUGCCUCAUGCCCAUCUCCCUCGCCUCCGCCAUCUCCUCCGCCACUUGCCAGCUCCGCCCACCGUCCGCCGCCGCCGGUCCUCCCUUCACCGCCGCGCAGCACCAGCUCAACGCCGCCAUGCGCGGCGCCAUGAACGGCGCCUCCGACGGGGCCGCGCACAUGCCGCCCUCGCCGAGCAUGUCGGUGCUCACGGCGCAGUCGGCGAUGGCCAACGGCGCGUGCACCGCCGACGGCAACCCCAAGGACGCCGCGUCCGUCUCCAAGCCGUGAGCCGCCGUAUUCUGCUACGAACGGCAAACAAAACCCUCAACGUAGUUGCACGACGGACGUCCGAGUCCACGGAAUCGUGACCUGGUCUCCGCGCGCUUCAACGGUCGCAUCUGAUUGGACCCAGUGGGCUCCGCGUCGGGCCCGCCAGCUCCCCUCCAGGCCACAGGCCCUGGGCCCACUCCUGCGGCUGCAGCCCACGGCACUCCUUUUUCUUUCUUUCUUUCUUCUCCCUAAUGUUAUCUUUAUUUUCCUUCCUCUCCUUUCUAGAAUAUGUUAGUUUUAUGUUAUGUUUGUUAUUUAUCUUGAGUAAAUAUAUUAAUCAGGGACUGGUACUUCUA